AUGGCAGAGCAGCCCUGCCUGGGUCCCCCUGCCAGCCCUGCAGCCCCAAACCCCCAGACCCACCCCAGGGACAAGUGGAGCAAAAAGAUGGAUUUCCUCCUCUCCGUCGUCGGAUUCGCCGUCGAUCUGGGCAACGUCUGGCGGUUCCCUUACAUCUGCUACCAGAACGGAGGGGGAGCCUUCCUCAUCCCCUACACGCUGAUGGCAGUUUUUGGGGGGGUGCCCCUCUUCUACAUGGAGCUGGCCCUGGGGCAGUUCCACAGGACAGGUGCCAUCCCCAUCUGGAAGCGCAUCUGCCCCAUCUUUAAAGGCAUCGGCUUUGCCAUCUGCAUCAUCGGCCUCUACGUCUCCUUCUACUACAACACCAUCAUUGCCUGGGCUCUCUACUACUUCUACUCAUCCUUCUCGGCCACCCUGCCCUGGGCAAGCUGUGACAACCCCUGGAACACCCCUGACUGCACCAACUACUUUGGGAAGAGCAACGUGACCUGGACCAACUUCUCCAGGUCCCCCGCCGAGGAGUUUUACACGAGGAAGGUGCUGGAGAUCCAGAAAUCUGGGGGUCUGUAUGACAUCGGGGGCAUCCGCUGGCAGCUGCUCCUCUGCCUCUUCCUCAUCUUCGCCAUCGUCUACUUCAGCCUGUGGAAAGGGGUGAAAACCUCUGGGAAGGUGGUGUGGGUGACAGCCACGCUGCCCUACGUGGUGCUGCUCAUCCUGCUCAUCCGAGGGGCCACCCUGCCUGGAGCCUGGAGAGGAGUUGUCUUCUACCUGCGCCCAGACUGGGGCAAGCUGCUGAGCACCUCGGUCUGGGUGGAUGCUGCUGCGCAGAUUUUCUUCUCCUUGGGCCCUGGAUUUGGAGUCCUCCUUGCUCUGGCCAGUUACAACCAUUUCCACAACAACUGCUACAGGGAUGCCCUGGUCACCAGUGCUGUGAACUGCCUCACCAGCUUCCUCUCAGGCUUCGUCAUCUUCACCGUGCUGGGCUACAUGGCCGAGAUGAGGGACGUGGAGGUGGAGGAUGUUGCCAGAGACAAAGGGCCCAGCCUCCUCUUCAUCACCUACCCUGAAGCAAUUGCCAACAUGGUGGGAUCCACCUUCUUCGCCAUCAUUUUCUUCCUGAUGAUGAUCACCCUGGGGCUGGACAGCACGUUUGGAGGCUUGGAGGCCGUGAUCACGGCUGUGAUGGACGAGUACCCCCAGGUCCUGGCAGGGCGACGGGAGCUCUUUGUCCUCGGCCUCAUCACAAUCUGUUUCCUGGGCUCCCUCAGCACCCUCACCUACGGGGGAGCCUACGUGGUGAAGCUGCUGGAGGAGUUUGGUGCUGGCUGCUCCAUCCUGGCAGUGGUGCUGCUGGAAACCAUCGCUGUCUCCUGGUUUUAUGGGAUCCAGAGGUUCUCCCACGAUGUCAAGGCCAUGCUGGGCUUCACCCCAGGGCUCUUCUGGAAGCUGUGCUGGGUCGCCAUCAGCCCAGCCCUGCUGGCAGUGAGUAUCUAUGGCCAAAUUAUGGACAAGUCAUUGCUGUCCCUCUGGACACCUGCAGCCACUCCCCUCUGCUGCCCAGCUCCCUGUGCCAUGAUAACUCCCCUCUCACCCACACGAGGUGACAGGAGAGCAGACAGGGCUGUGGGACCUCACACCAGCCCUCCCCAUGCUGCUGCUCCAGCCACAGUGCCCACAUCCCCAGGACCUCGCCGAGAAAGGGAGCUGGAAGUUCAUUUUCCAGCCUUUUCCACAGCUCCAGGGCAAAGCUGGGUGCUCACACAGGUGCCAGCUCAGCUUUGCCUCAUCCUCCCAGCACUCAGCAUCCCUGGCAGGGCUGGCCACGGGUCCCUGUCCCCUGUGCUGGGCUGGAUCCAUCCCUUUGAAACGCCAGCUCCCACGGCACUUCAAAGGCUGCCGUGGGCACAGGGGCCUAAUCUCACUGGAUCUGCAGGAGAAGAGGCCUUGUGA